AUGGAGAGUGGAGGAGGGAUUGCAGACGUAUUUUUGAGAAACUACAGAGUUGGAAAAACUCUUGGGCAUGGUUCAUUUGGAAAGGUAAAAAUUGCUGAACAUAUUCGGACAGGGCAUAAAGUGGCAAUUAAAAUCCUUAACCGUCGGAAAAUGAAAAGCCCAGACAUGGAGGAAAAAGUGAGAAGAGAGAUUAAAAUAUGUCGAUUAUUUGUGCAUCCACAUGUGAUACGUCUCUAUGAGGUUAUAGAGACACCAGCAGAUAUAUAUGUUGUGAUGGAGUAUGUGCCCCGUGGCGAGCUCUUUGAUUAUAUUGUUGAAAAGGGAAGGUUACAAGAGAAUGAAGCACGUCACUUUUUUCAGCAGAUUAUUGCAGGUGUGGAGUAUUGCCAUAGGAACAUGGUCGUCCAUCGCGACCUGAAGCCUGAGAAUUUGCUUUUAGAUCUAAAAGGAAACGUCAAGAUAGCUGAUUUUGGCUUAAGCAACAUUAUGCGUGAUGGACAUUUCCUGAGAACAAGUUGUGGAAGCCCAAACUACGCUGCUCCCGAGGUUGUGUCUGGAAAACUUUAUGCGGGGCCAGAGAUUGAUAUUUGGAGUUGUGGUGUUAUAUUGUAUGCACUUCUUUGCGGUGCUCUUCCGUUUGAUGAUGAGAAUAUCCCUAACCUCUUCAAAAAAAUAAAGAGUGGGCUGUAUACUCUUCCAAGCCAUUUGUCGCCUGGAGCUCGUGAUUUAAUUCCAAGAAUGCUGGUCGUGGACCCAAUGAAGAGGAUAACAACUUCUGAAAUACGUCAGCACCCUUGGUUCAAAGCUUAUCUUCCUCGUUAUUUAGCUGUCACUCCACCGAAUGCUGUAGAACAUUUAAAAAAGCUUGAUGCGGAAAUUAUUCAAAAAGUUAUUUUGAUGGGAUUUGAUGGGAACCAGCUGAUUGAAUCACUUCAGAACAGACUACAAAAUGAUGCCACUGUUGCAUACUAUCUUUUAUUUGACAACAAAUCCCCCGUUUCGUCCGGUUAUCUAGGCGCUGAAUUUCAGGAAUCCAUGGAGACUUGUUCAACGGGACUUUCUCCGGACGCCAAUAAACGUGGCUUUUCGGUUGGUGCAAAUAUGUUACCACAAGUGUCAAGAACGAAGCAAUGGGUUGUUGGGUUUCAGUCAGCAGCACGUCCACGUGACAUAAUGACCCAGAUUCUUGGAGUUUUGCAAGGACUAAAUGUUAGGUGGAAAAGAAUCGGUCACUAUAACAUGAAAUGUCUGUUCAUUCACGGUAUUCAGAAGCCAGAAAGCAUGAUCACCAUUAAUCACGUUAUUGACAACCAUUUUAUUGACGGUAUAGCUCCUGUAAGGGCAAAUAUGUCCCAGCAGCAGCAUGUGGUGAAAUUCGAAAUUCAGCUCUACAAAACCGGCGAUGUCGAGUAUUUGCUUGAUUUACAAAGGCUCAGUGGUCCCGUUCUCCUCUUCCUGGAUUUCUGCGCCUUCUUCAAGAUGCAGCUCGAUGUCUGA